AUGGCCACUCAAGCUCCCGUCUCUGCAGUCCCAACCUUCAAGCUCGUCCUUGUCGGUGAUGGUGGUACCGGAAAGACCACCUUCGUCAAGCGCCAUUUAACUGGUGAGUUCGAGAAGAAGUACAUUGCCACUCUCGGUGUCGAGGUUCACCCUCUUGGUUUCUUCACCAACUACGGUGAACUCAAGUUCGAUGUGUGGGAUACCGCUGGUCAGGAGAAGUUCGGAGGACUAAGAGAUGGUUAUUACAUCAACGGUAACUGCGGUAUCAUCAUGUUCGACGUUACCUCCAGAAUCACCUACAAGAACGUCCCCAACUGGCACCGUGACCUCGUCCGAGUUUGCGAGAACAUCCCCAUCGUCCUCACUGGUAACAAGGUCGAUGUCAAGGAGCGUAAGGUCAAGGCCAAGACCAUCACUUUCCACCGCAAGAAGAACCUCCAGUACUACGACAUCUCUGCCAAGUCCAACUACAACUUCGAGAAGCCCUUCUUGUGGUUGGCUAGAAAGCUCGUCGGUAACCCCGGCCUUGAGUUCGUUGCUUCCCCAGCAUUGGCCCCACCUGAGGUCUCCGUCGACCACACCCUCUUGGAGGCUUACAACAAGGAGAUGGAGGAGGCUGCCCAGCACCCUCUGCCUGAUGAAGAUGAUGCUGAUUUGUAA